AUGAAUAGAUCUAAUCUAUACAAGCCUGCCCCUAAACAAAACUCCAAUAGAGAUCAUUAUGAAAAUAAAAUACCAGACCGUCCUCGCUUAUCAAAAGACCUUUUAUCUUACAAAUUCCCUGACGAAACCUCGCCUAAAAAUGCUUUUCAUUCAUCUCAGCUUCCUAAUCAAAAUCGAAAAAACUCCCCAUCUUCUCAUGAGCCAGCUUCUAAAAAACAAUCAAAAUAUCCCAAUUACUAUUAAAAAAUCCCAUCCCUUACAAUAAAAAUGCCUUAAUUUAUAUAAAAAUAAAUCAUCUCUAAAAAAUCUGAGUAAAAAAUUACGAUUCUCAGCAUAUAAUCCAGGCUCUGUUUUUCAUCAAGCCAAUAAAUUUAACCCUUAUUUGUCCUCCUCUACAAACAUUUCUAGUUCAGUAUCUGAAAGUGUUGAAAUCAUAGUAAGUGAACUUGACUGUCCUAGUGAAGAAGAAACAAAAUAUGUAUGCAAACCUGGUGAUCUUUCUCCUUUAGGAGAACUAAGUGAAAGCAACUCUCAGGAUUCUGGGGAUGCCUCAGAUACUGAUGCGAUUAGACCUGGCUAAAAAUAUUUUUUUUUAUAUUAUUGUAAUUUUGGAUAAAAAAUUUUUAAAAACAAUUUUUACGAUUAGAACAAUCCUAAAGAAACAAAAAAGUUUAAACUCAUCUAUAGUGCAAGAGCCUGAUAAAGACAAAGUAAUAGAACUUCUUGCAGAAAGCAUGACUAAUAUUAUUAGCAUUCAGCAAGAAAAUGAAAAGAAUCUUGCAUGUGAAAAAAGAAAUGUAAGGUUUCAGCUGCUGCAGCUUAUAAGCGACAAAGAACACUAG